GUCAGCGCACAGUCGUCGACUCGUCGGAUGAGAAACAUUUGCGACGUUAAAGAUGCAUAUUAGCGAAACAAACGCCAUAUUCUCUGCCGUUGAUAGCGCGAUGACAGGCGGCGGGGACGCGCGGCGCUCGAUCGGGUAGAUUAAUGCGGCUGUUAGUGCGGAGCGUUGCGGGUUUCUGGAGAAAGACCCCCCCACUCUUCGCGCAUGCGCCUUACUCUUGUAAACAGAGACGCGCACGAGACCAAACGGACAAAAGGCCUCGUCAGCGACGCGCGGCAGCUGACGCGACGCGCACAGGUGUGAAUAUUACAAACGAUGAGCGCGUUAACGGAGGCAUCCGGACGCUCGACGAGUUCACCAAGCAACAACGCGAGUUUCCCGUUAUUAACGCGCGACUGAAGCGUCCGUUAGCCUGCGCUUUGUUUAUUCAGUGUUUUGGUGUCGUUCUGCGAUCUUUGUCCCGGGAUAAACGGGGCAUGUCAUUCACGAUGGAGGAUACUCUAGAGUCCGGCUGGGUUUCGGUACGACCGAAUGUUUUUGAGGAGAAAGAAAAGCACAAGUUCGUCUUCAUCGUCGCGUGGAACGACAUUGAGGGAAAGUUCGCCGUCACGUGCCACAACCGAACCGUGCAGAAACGGACCGCGGUACGGGACUCGCUGCUGCUCGAGGCGGCUGAGGGCGAACUGACCGCGGGCAGACAACAGCGUCCCGCCAGCGACAGGCCUCCGCCGAAGAGUCCGGACCGGCAAUCCAAUUCCAGCAGACCGGUGGCGAGAAGUCCGAGCAAAACGAGCAGAACCGCCAAGAGCGGCGACAUGGAAGUUCUAGACCCGAUCCCCGGUGUGGCGGAUGAUGGUCCUGAAGAUCUGGACCCGAAUCUGCGGGAGGAUUUCAGCUGGGCCGGACUCUUCUCGUUCCAGGACAUGCGGGCCGCUCACCUGCUGCUGUGCGCCGUCAACUCGGACCUGGAACCGUGUCUGCCCGCCUUCCCCGAGGAGCAGACCGGCGUGUGGUCGGUUCUGUUCGGGGUUCCGGAGAUGAGCGCGCGCGAGAUGGAGGCGCUCUGCUUCCAGCUACAGGUGUAUCUGGGUCACGCGCUCGACACCUGCGGAUGGAAGAUCCUGUCUCAGAUUCUGUUUCCGGACAACGACGAUUCUGAGGAGUAUUACGAGAGUCUGAGUGAGCUCCGACAGAAGGGGUAUGAAGAUGCGCUCCAGAGGAACAAGAGACACCUGCAAGAGUUGUUGGAGCGUCAGCGUGCUGUGGACAGUAUGGUGGAGCUGCUGCAGCUGUACUCUGAACAGGAUGAAGCGUUCAGCGAUCUGGUGGAGGCCACGACUGAACUCUAUCACUAUCUGCUGCAACCAUUCAGAGACAUGAGAGAACUCGCCAUGCUGCGCAGACAACAGAUCAAGAUCUCUCUGGAGACGGAGCGCUUGGGUCCGCGGCGGGUGGAGUCUCUGCGCCGGGAGGAUGAUGAUUGGCAGAGGAAGGCUCAUACGGCUGUGCUGUCCAUUCAGGAUCUGACGGUGAAAUACUUCGAGACCACGGCACGAGCACAGAAGGUGAUGCACGAGCGCAUGCGGGCUGACCAGAGGAAGUUUGGGAAAGCUGCGUGGGGCGCUGCAGUGGAGCGCAUGGAGAAACUACAGUACGCCGUUUCCAAGGAAACACUACAGCUAAUGCGUGCCAAAGAGAUCUGUUUGGAACAGAGGAAGCAUGGACUCCGAGAGGAGAUGCAGGGUCUGCAGGGUGGAGAGGACGCAAUGGUGCAAUUGGACCAGUUGGAGGCGCUGUACUACGAGCUUCAGCUGCAGCUCUAUGAGAUCCAGUUUGAGAUCCUGAAGUAUGAAGAGCUGCUGUUGACUGCACAGCUGCAGAGUCUGCGCAGACAGAUGAGCGAGAGACAGGAGGAGGUGGUGUACUACGACACGUAUGAGAGCCCCGACGCCAUGAAGGCCACCGACGACUCGCCAACCCCUUUGACCUCGUCUAGAGAUGAUGUCACCAAGUUACAGCAGAAGACUCGCCAACUGGAGGCCAGGAGAGGCCGCAUCACCGCCAAGAAAGCCUACCUCAAAAACAAGAAGGAAAUCUGCAUCAUUAAUCACACACAGAAUAUACAGCAGCGGCAGAGCAGCACAGGCUGUGUUUCCCAGCAGGCUCUGCUGCAGGAGGAAGAGGAGGAGGAAGAGCAGCGCAUCUCUCGAUUCAGUCAGGAGAGACAGAGAACUCUAGAUCGACUGCGCAGCUUCAAGCAGUGUUACCCAGGUCAGGUGACUCUGAAAUCCACACGUCUGCGAUUGGCGUACUCCAGAAAGAAAACCGGUCUGACCCAAACCACCGCGAGACUGGAGCCGCCGCAGACGCAGGCCACUAGCGUGCAGACGGAAGAUGCACCAGCGCCUCUAGAACAUUCCGCAGGAGUCCCGGAGCUGUGCAGACCCGACAGUUUCAUGUCUCUGACCACAAUGGGCACGGUCGUCGGCGAGGUCACCCCUCGGGACGCCGCGCACGCAUCACUUCCUCCUGCCCGAGAGCUCCUGCUGCUGGACUCCUCCACUUCGCCCAUCUCCCUUCCUCCUCCUCCACCUCCUCCUCCACCCCCUCCCUCUCUUGAGGAGAUGCCCGCAGAUGGGCAGUGCCAGUCAAGCAGUCCCCAGCAGCAGCCCACAGCUGAGAGUCCGCUCGCCCCGUUCUCCGCCCGGUUCUUUGACAGCAGUCAGCUGGUGAAUGCCAGGAAGAAGCUGAGGAAGACCUCAUCACUGGAGUCCAACCAAUGGAGGAGAGCGAGCUCGCCGAUGGAUGAGGUUUUAGCCAGUCUGAAGCGCGGCAGUUUCCACCUGCGGAAGGCCGAGCUGCGCGUGCUGGCUCCCGAUCCGGACGAGGACGACGGGAAUAAUAUUCUGGCUCAGAUCAGGAAGGGCGUGAAGCUGCGUGAAGUGCGGCGACAGGAGCGCGGCGUGAAGGGGAUGAUGCACGAUUCCACCGACCCGCUGACACGCAGCAUCCACGAGGCACUGAGACGCAUUAAAGAGGCUUCGCCCGAAUCAGACUCGGAGGACGAGACGCUGCCCUGCACAGACUGGGAGAGCUGAACCGCUGCUGACACACACACACACUGGUCCAGUCAAACUCAACAGUGUGUGUUCUGUGACAAACAUGAUCUGUCAAUAUGAAGAUCAGAACAUCAGAGAAUGUGUGUGUGUGCGUGUGUGUGUUUAUCCCACAAAACAUCCAACACAAUACUGACAGCUGAACUAGUACACAACAGAUUACACUUUCACCUGUCUCUCUCUCUCUCUCUCUCUCUCUCUCUGUGUCUGUCUCUCUCUCUCUCUCCGGCUCUAUCUCUCUCUCUCUCUCUGGGUCUGUCUGUCUCUCUCUCCGGCUCUCUCUGUCUGUCUGUGUCUCUCUCUCUCUCUCUCUGGGUCUGUCUGUCUCUCUCUCUCUCUCUCUCUCUCUCUCUAUGUCUGUCUCUCUCUCUCUCUCAGCUCUAUCUGUCUCUCUCUCUCUCCGGCUCUCUCUGUCUGUCUGUCUCUCUCUCACUCUCUGGGUCUGUCUGUCUCUCUCUCUCUCUCUCUGUGUCUGUCUCUCUCUCUCUCUCCGGCUCUGUCUCUCUUAAAGGAACAAGCAUUCCUCUCUCAAUCGGUCGAGUGUGUUAUUCCAGUUAUUGCUCAUGAAUUCCAUUUAUUUGUUUCUUCUGUUCGUGUCUUUUAUAUGUGAUGGCAAAAUAGUUUGUUUUUUUAAUUAGUCGAGAGAUUAGUUUUAGUAAAAGCUGGUUAAUAAUCAAUAAUCAGUCUGUGGCACUCGGCUGUAAGACUGGUGAACACGUCAUGGUCAUACUUCAGAUUUUUACUGUUCAUUUCCCUCAAAUUCUCUUGAUUUACUUUCACCAUCAUGACGGUUAUUCUGUCAUCCAUUAAUGUGGAUUUAAAUCAAUCGUUGCAGUUUCUCGUGUGUGUGACAUUCGAGCGGGAUCACGCGGUUUGGUUUAAUAUAUUGGAUAUUUCUUUUCAUGCGCAAAAUAAACUUUAUUUGUUUUUUGAUUUGGGGUGAAAUAUGAGCUGCUGGUGUGUUCACGAGAGUCUCACGACAGUUCAGUGUUCAGUAACACGCGUGUCACCAUAAAACCGUGUUUUACUACAAACAUUGAUUUCAAGAGUCUCUAGUUUUAUCUGUUUAUUGUUUGUUUGAUUUGAAUUCACGUUAUUUGUGAUUUAAUUUGAGUGUUUUUUAAAGGUUGUGUAUUUUCUUCCAGUGGACACGUGAGUGUGCGCGUGAGUGCGCGUGUGUGCGCGCGCGUGUGUACAUCAGCUCAAACAGCACAGAAACAGCUGGAAGAUCUUCUGCGAGCUGAUUGGUCGGUGUGUCUGUCACUCACGUGCCUUUCUGCACAGGCCACAGUGAUGCGACUCUAAAAACUGAACACAUACGUGUAGCGUGACCGUGAUUACACACCGCAUGUGCUGUCUGGUGUCGGUGCACCCUCAACACUGAUCAAUCUGAUCUCAGAUCAGCUGAAGGAAACCUGUUCAUCAUGUGUACUGUAUUUAGCCUUUGAUAUUUUGUCUUUUAAUCAUGAUUUGUUCUAUGCAUUCUUAUUUCAAUCAGAUUUAAUGAGUUUCCAGCUGCAUUGAAACACAACAGUUCUUAAUUAUUCUGCUCUACUAAACUCCUCCGUUAAAGAUGCCAAUGUGUGACCCAACAAGUGCAAUAUUAUUAUUAUAUUGGAAAACUCAUAUUUUUCCUGUUUAUUAUAUAAAAAAAACAGCAAAUCCAUCUGCAUGUUUGCUAAAGGACAUGUAUUUAUUGACUUAAAAUAAAUAUUUAAAAAUGUAAAGCAAUAUCAUACAAAUGUAAAAUGACUUUUUUGCUUUUACUUUUCCAGCCAUUGUACUUAUUUUUAAUUUGAAUUUUCUCCUUGCGUAAAUAAAAUAUAAAAAUAAAUUCCCUU